GGAAUGCAAUUGAUGUCAAUUCUGCUCGAGUUCAGAUGUUUAUAGACUCAUACAAAGUUUCCGACAUUAAUGAGGCUUUCAAUCGAAAAAAAUUGAGAAACUUUGAUGCUAGCAGUUUACCACCUUGUGAAAAUGAGCUACUACAGCAUUUUUUACGAGCUAAUUAUAUUUGUACGAUUUGGAACAAUGCUCACUUAAGAAAACCUACUUCACAUAAACCUGAAAAUAAUGGCUGGGUACUGGAAAAUGAUCAAUACCAUUUUAAAUGGUUUGAAGGAGAUCAGCUACCUACUUAUGUCAGUGAUUCUCUACAAACUUUGUCAGAAGCUGAUGAAGACGAUGACAUUCAUGAGGACAAAUCCGCAGAAUGGAGUAGCGGUGAUGAAGAUAAUCGAGAUACCGACGAGGACGAUGAAGUUGAUUAAAUAUUUUUUUUGAUUUAAUAAUAAUGUUUGACACAUUAUAUUUUUACUUUGUAUUGU